AUGCGACUUCUUUGUCUUCUUCUCGCUUUAACGAUCGCACUUUGUGCCGCGCAAGGUAUGUUUUUCCUCAUUGUCAGGCUUCGGGCUGGGCCUUUUCCGGGCUUUUUGGGCUUAUCUACUAACUCGCUUCUGUUACCUAGGUUCCUCUUUGUUUGGCGGCUCUGCGGCUGGUUCUGGCCUUGGUGGUAGUGGCUCAUGGAAUGGUGCACAAGGUCCAUAUUGGCUUUCUGGGGGUUUUUAAAAUCAAAUUCUGAUUUUCAGGAGGAUGGGGAGAUGAGCAAGGCGGUGGUCAACAAGGUGGACAGGGCGGACAGAAGGGUGGAAGAGGCGGUGCUGGGGGAGGACGUGGACAACAGGGUGGAGCAGGAGGGCAACAGGGUGGAUGGGGAGAUUCAGGUAUGGGUCUUGGGGGUAGAUCACUGGGAGCUCUGGGGACCCUAGGUUCGAUUCCCGAACUAGCCAGGGUGGAUGUGACUUACAAGGGGACUGUUUCAACUUGCAAUCGACAUUUUUAAUGAAAUGUAUGUUUUCGACACGCUGAUCACGAUGCCGUCGUCUAAAAUUGCAAAGCUCGACUUCUUACUUGAGUUAUGACGUGUCAAAGUCCACAAAUUUUAAAAUCGCGACUUUGGACGGUCAGAAAAUGAUUUUCAUGAAAAUCUAAUAGCAUAGGGUUGUUCAGGAGGCUCGAUUACAUAAGUAAAGUUCAUGUUGUGAUCAACUCUGAAAAAAAUUUUUGUUCGGUGAAAAAAGUUUUUGAAAAAUCUUUCGGAUUCCGUAAAUAACUUCUGUGCAUGUGUAAUCGGCCUUCCUGAACAAUCCAAUGCUAUUACAAUUUCAAGAAAAUCAUUUUCUGACCGUCCAAAGUCCCGAUUUUAAAAUUUGUGAACUUUUGUGAACACGUCAUAACUCAUGUCGUGUACAUAUAUUGUAUUAAAAACAUACAUGAACUAGUCGCUCCGGGGACCCUUGAGUUAACCCCCUUCCAGGAAAUAUUUUCAAAAAGUUAACCACCCCCCACGUCGACCCACAAAAGAACAAACUGCUGCAAUGGGUUUGAGACAGAAUGCAUCAAAAUGCAAAAAAACUACUGAACCAUUUCGAAAACUGAUUACAUAUUCGUGAUCAGCGUGUUAAAAUCUAUGGAAAUAAGGAGUUUCAUGAAUUCUAGUCGAUUUUUUUUCUUGUAGUACGUCGAGGAAAAACCGAAAAACCGUACACCCAAUGCAGCAGUUGGGUCGACGUGCCCCUAACCAACUUUUUGUGGGGUUUUAGCCCCAAAAAGCAUAAAAUUCUUCAAAAUUUUCAAAUGUUAAGGGCCCUCCCUCCGAAUUCGGAGUACCAGUCAUGUAUUUAAUUUAAAAAUCUAGAGUGAACGCUGAAACAGUUCCCUUGUAAGUUUUCCCACGUGGCUAUUUUCUGAAAAUCUCAUUUCCAGGAAGCGGUGGUCAACAAGGUGGAUGGGGUGAUGCUAAUCAACAAGGCGGCGGGGGUCGCCAAGGCGGAAAUCAACAGGGUGGAGGAAGUCGUGGUGGUCAACAACAGGGUGGACAACAAGGAGGUCAACAAGGCGGAUGGGGUGGAGAUCAAGGAGGACAACAACAAGGUGGAUGGGGAGAUCAGCAAGGUGGACAACAAGGGGGAGGUCGUGGGGGACAACAAGGUGGAUCCGGAGGCCAACAAGGUGGAUGGGGUGGAGAUCAAGGAGGAAAUCAGCAAGGCGGUUGGGGAGGUCAACAGGGUGGAAAUCAACAAGGCGGAGGACAACAGGGUGGAUGGGGAGGUCAACAGGGUGGACAACAGGGUGGAAAUCAGCAAGGUGGAUGGGGAGGCAAUAAUCAACAAGGCGGAGGACAGCAAGGAGGUUGGGGUGGACAAGGCGGAAGAGGCGGCGGCCGUCAUCAUCACGGAAGAAAUGGCGGAGGAUGGGGAGGUGGUCCAGGAGGUUAGUGGGAACUGGUAGAUUGUGAAUUGAUCUAUAGUCAUUCAUCAAAUUCCUAACCAGAUCUGGGAAAUUUUUACGUGGCAUUGUAAAACGUAAAAUGAGUAUUUUACGGUUCUAGAAAACCGUGAAAUUUUGUUUCUCAACUUUUUCACUGAAAAAAAAUUUCAAAUUUUUUUUCUUUUAAAAUUGAAAGUUGGUAAAUAACCGUAACUUCAUCAUAAUUUUGGGAUUUGAUCAAAAUUUUAUUCGAAAAUGUAAAACCGUAAAAUGAAUUUUACCAGUUAAAAAUUUACAACGUAAAAAUUCCCAGGUCUGUUCCUUACGAAGAAAUUUUGUCUGUGGACAGCUCUUGGAGUCAUGAGAACAUUCUAAAAUUGAUGGGCAUCUGAACCAUGUUCUGAGCUCUCAAAAGGCUCAUAAAACACAUCAUAACUUCACUCUAGAUGUUUUUUUAUGAAAUAUUGAACAUCAGAUAAUGAUCAGCAUAGUCGAUUUACUAAAAUUACAUUUAAAAAAAAACUUUUUUCAAAAAAAUUUUGGAAAUUUUUGGUUUCGGCUGAAAAUUCAUUAUACCUUUUACCAAAAACAAAAUUUUUCUGAAAACACGCUGAAAUCAUAGAGAGCUAAGCUUUUUUGAGCCAAUUUAGGCAUUUUUUUUAAUUUUUGAGAGCCCAGAACUGGGCUUAGAGGUCCUAAACACUUUCAGGGCCUCCAAAAAAUAAUUCAGACAUCCAUAUAUUUUUCAGGAUUCCCAGGCGGUGGCCCAGGAUUCGGCGGCGGCCCAAGAGGUCCAGGAGGCUGGGGAGGUCGACCAUGGCGAUUUGUCUAA